AUGAAGACAAUAUUGUAUUUUAUUUCUAUUUGCAUUAUUUGUGUUGUGUUUGCUCAGGAAAAUAUUGGAGAGUAUGAUGGUGUCAACUUAUCUGAUUCAAUUCCUUUUUUCUUGAUCAAUGCAACUGAUGAAGCUAAAUCAGAAUAUAAAAAUAUAAUAACAAAUAAAAGUUUGAGUGUUAAUUCUAUUAAACAAAAAAUAGAUGAAUUAAUUACUAAUCAAAGUGAUGAAGUAAAACAAGUAUAUGAGGAAGCCAAAGCUAAGGCAGCAGUAAUAGAAACAGAAUUAAGAGCAAAUUUGACUGGUACAAUGGAUAGUUUAACAGAAAAUUCAAAACCAUAUUUUCAAGAGUUAUUAAAUGUUAUUGAAAAUCAAGAUAUUCCUUUAAGUCAAAUACCUCAAAAACUUUCUGAAAUAGCUGCUAAAAUUACAGAUGAAAGUGUUAAAAAUGAAAUAGGACAAUUUUUUCCAAUUAACAUGGUAAAUCAACAACCACCUUCUGAUAACGUUUAG